AUGAAGCUCAGAUAUCCCAAAGUUCACGGUUUCCAGCUUGUGCAGCAAAUUGGCGGGGGCGGUUUCUCUACCGUGUUCCGUGCCGUUCACAUCGAGGAUCACCGUGUUGCCGCUUGCAAAGUUGUCGCGCUGACUACCGAGACAACGCCGACGGAACGAAAGAACCUCAGCAAGGAAAUGCGCGUGCAUACCGCUCUCAAGCAUCGGAAUGUCCUCGAAUUUUUCAACGCCGUUCAGGUUGAGCCGGACCAGGACUUGCCGUACCAUCCUGGGAUCUACAUGUUAUUGGAGCUCGCCGCGGGAGGUGACCUGUUUGACAAGAUAGCUCCCGAUAUUGGUAUAAGUGAAGAACUUGCACAUUACUAUUUCACGCAAAUGAUGGCCGGUUUGGACUACAUUCACGGCGAGGGGGUCUGCCAUCGGGAUCUCAAGCCAGAAAAUCUGCUUCUCGAUGCUGCCGGAACUCUUAAAAUAUCAGAUUUUGGACUUUGUACCGUCUACAAGCUCAAAGAGACUGGAAAAACCAGAUUAUUGACAGAACGCUGUGGGAGUUUGCCUUACAUGGCCCCAGAGAUGAAAGGGAACAAUGAUCCAUACGAGGCUGUGUCUAUUGAUAUGUGGGGCGCUGGCGUCAUUUUGUUCGCCAUGCUUGCUGGCAAUACGCCGUGGGAUGAACCGACGAGACGUAGCUAUGAAUUUUCGCGCUACCUCUCUGGCCACUGCUUCGACGAGGAUCCGUGGAAUCGGUUUAGCAACAGCGUAUUAUCCCUCUUGACAGGCAUGCUAGCUGUCGAUUCGUCGCGCAGAAUGACCCCGGCUGAGAUUCGGGGGCAUCCUUGGAUGAUUCGGUACGUGGAUAUCGCGAGCCGGGGACUAUCCUCGCUCGCAUCCUCGCUCACAGAAUCGCUCCGUCAGACGGGCGAUCUAGCAAUUGCUUCCCCAGAUAUCGCCUUAUACGUGGACGGCGACGGCGAUCAGAUCAUGGGGACUGCUUCGCACAAUACGCAGUUCACACAGACACUGAUGCUUUUUUCGCAAACACAGGGCGGCACACGGUACACCCCGCACCUCACACGUUUCUAUGCGAAGCUCGGGCCGCAUAUUAUGCUACCGCUCAUAGAAGAAGCUCUCACUAAUCUCGGCGUGAAGUGGAAAUCGGCCGUCGAAGUGGACGUAGUGCAGAGCAGCGGUGUGACAAAGGUCCUACGCAUGAGGAUAGGCGGGUAUGAUAAGCGCAAGCUGCUGUACAAGGGCUGGGUAGAGCUCGAGCAUUUCAGUCGUGGUGAAACUGAGGGCACCUACUGCCUCAUGCAACGCGAUCAGGGAAAUCCUAUAUCCUGGAGACAGCUGUGGCGAGAUGUCUGUCAAUCUUCUACUGUAUGGCCUCACAUUUACAAGAAUCCGCGUUACGAAGAUGCUUAG